GGCAAGUACGCCGUCUCGCGGAAGCUCGGCGAGGGCGAGUUCGCCACGGUCUUCGCCUGCAGGGCCGGCGACGACGACGGCGCGCCCGAGCUCGCGUUGAAGGUCAUCAACAAGGCCAAGGUCCAGCGCCACAGCAGCAUCCUCAAGAGCAAGCGCAACAUCCGGCGCGUGAACAUGGAGGUCUUGGCCAUGCGCCGCUGCCGCCACGCGGGCAUCUGCCGCAUCUACGACGUGCUCCACUCGCCGUCGAGCGUUUAUCUGGUCAUGGAGAUGGCCGAGCGCGACCUGUUCACCUUCCUCGACGGCUACCCCGACGGCUGCCCCGAGCCCAUCAUCAAGCAGGUCAUGCGCAUCUUAGCAUUGGGCCUGCGCCACUGCCACAACGCGGGCGUCGCGCACCGCGACGUCAAGCCCGAGAACAUUUUGGUCGUCGGCGAGCCGCACGAGUGGGACGAGGCGUCCGAGACCAAGGGCAUCGUCAAGAUCUGCGACUUUGGCCUCUGCGCCGACAUCGAGGUGUCGUCGAAGCUCACGGACUUUGUGGGGUCGCCGGGCUUCUUCGCGCCCGAGCUCAUGAUGCGGCAGCGGUACGACGGCCCGCUCGCGGACGCGUGGUCCAUGGGCGCGGUCAUGGUCGAGAUGUUCCUGGGCCACCGCGUCUUCGAG